UUAGCCUCUUACAUUGGUUUCUCUUUAGCACCCUCCAAUGUCUAUCUUAACUCAAGCCAAGUUCCACCCAAGUCUCAAACACCAACUCCACACAAGCCACUCUCCAAUCCUCCGCACAGCUGUGCAUUGUUCUGCCACCACCACCACCAAGCCCAAGCCCAACCCCAAAAAGCUAGUCCUCGAACCACAGAUACGGCGGCUCGAGCCCCCACCCCCCCUCCUCCCGAACCCCACCCGCCCCCAGCUCAACGACCCAAGUUUGCUCUCAACAUGGUCUCACCGUGCAUGGGUGGCAAGUGGGUGCACAACAGUUCUAGUUUCCUUAGCCAAGUCCAUAACUAGUGCAGCCAAUUCACACAUGUGGGCUGAGCCCAUUUUAGCUGGCCUGGUUGGAUAUGUGCUGGCUGAUCUUGGCUCCGGAGUCUACCAUUGGGGCAUAGAUAAUUACGGUGGAGCCUCAACUCCAAUUUUUGGUGCCCAAAUUGAGGCAUUUCAAGGGCACCACAAGUGGCCUUGGACAAUCACCAGGCGAGAAUUUGCCAACAAUCUGCACGCCCUUGCUCGUGUUGUGACUUUCAUAGUGCUCCCCAUAGACCUCGUUUGUGAUGAUCCAAUUGUUAAUGGGUUUGUUGCAGUGUGCUCAGGCUCCAUUAUGUUUAGCCAACAGUUUCAUGCUUGGGCGCAUGGCACAAAGAGCAGGCUCCCUCCAUUGGUGGUGGCAUUGCAGGAUUUUGGCGUCUUGGUGUCCCGGUCGCAGCAUUCAGCGCAUCACCGGGAGCCUUACAACAACAAUUACUGCAUUGUGAGUGGAGUUUGGAAUGAGUUCUUGGAUAAGCACAAGGUUUUUGAGGCAUUGGAGAUGAUCUUGUUUUUUAAGCAAGGGGUGAGGCCUAGGUCUUGGAGUGAGCCUAGCUCUGAAUGGACUGAAGAGACUGAGACCACUUCUAAACUUACAGCCCAAUGAACAUUCUUUUUUUACUUUUUACUUUUUUACUUUUGAGCUUUCGAUUACCUUUUUUUUUUUUUAAAACUUCCUAGAGUUAUUUACUCUUUGCAUAAUGUAUAUUGUAAAAUUUAUUUCAAGAGAUUAGGUGAUAUCAGUCUAUGUAUAUGAUCAUCACCAGCUCUUGAAUCAGGUGCUUGAACUUAAUAUUUCUUUCAAACUACGUAGUUCAAUAUCAUGUACUUAA